UCUGAGUACUGAGUAAUAUAAUUUGACUGCAUUUAAUCUUUUAGUAUGCAAGCAAUCAGAAAUCACUACAAUGUCAUGUUAUCCAUCAUCUUUAUCGUUAGCAAUUUGUAAAAUAUAACCUAAUAUAGAACAUACAGUUUUUUUCUUAUUGUUUUCAAAAACAUAUUUUAUCCUCGUCGUAUUGUGCAAUUUUAAUACAGCCAGUUCUACGUUUGUAAUUCUCAUUUUCAUCUGCACGGCUGCCGUUGUGGUCCAAUACCUCACCAUCUGAAUAUGGUUAAAUUUCCUAGGAGUUCGUCUUCCAACGAGUGAGUGCCCACAUCUUGACGUCUCUCAUCGUAAUAUUAUUACAAUUACGACCUGGUUCCUAUCGUCUCUAACUUCAACUUACUAAGAAUAUGGAUGAAAUGAAAAAAACAAAAAUUUCAUUUAACAUAGUGCCCGUUACUGAAACUAAUGGACAAGAUGUGAUUAAUUCCAUUGAAAAAUAUUUUAUUCGAGACGAACCUUUAAAUGAAAGUGUGGAAUUAUUCAAAGAAGAAGAAUCAGUAUUAAAAUAUCGACAUUUUUGCACUAAUUUGUUACAUACUGGAUUAUCAUUUAUGGCAGUAUCUGAAACCGGUGAAGUUAUGGGUGUCAUACUCAAUAGCGUAAUGAGUAUGGAUGAUUAUAUAAUACAACAGUACAAUGAUGAAAACUUUGAUCCAAGUUCAAGGUUUGAUGACAUUGAGGUUUUAUUAAACAAAGUUCGACGAGAUAUUGAUCUAUUUGGGAAGUUUCCAAACGUAAACAUAGAUUGUAUAAUGGAAUUAAAGCUUAUUUCAGUUAAUGAGGCAUUUAGAGGACAAGGAGUUUGCCAAGCUCUCGUCAAAAAAUCAAAAGAGUUGGCAAUAGAGUUGGGAUAUCAAAUGAUAUACACGGAGUGCUCAAGUUAUUUUACAGCAAAAGCUAUGGAAAGAUGCGGAUUUCAAUGUAUAUACUCCUUGUCUUAUUCGGAUUACGUGGACAGAAAGGGCAAAGUAGUAUUCAAUGUGGUAAAGCCUCCUCAUGAAUGUAUUAAAGUGGAAUUAUUACUACUCUAAAAUACCCAAUAUUUGUUUAUUAAUUACGAGACGGUCUAAGCCCAAAAAUUAAUAUAUUAUAAAUAUUAUACAUAUGAUGAACGAUACAGACAUCAAUACGGCAAUAAAUAAAAGCUCAAGAAUAAAUAAUAUUCA